AUGGCAGAAGUUGCUCCUCCUCAAGCGGCAGAUGCAGUACCAGCUCAAAUAGAACAACAAGAUGGAGGCGAUAUAGAAAUGAACGGCGAUGGGAAUGGAAGUGGAAACGGGGAUGAACCAAUACAAGCUGACGGACAGGAAGGUGAACAGCAACAGGAAGAACUAGAAAACGAAAACGCAAAGGAAGAACAAGAAGAAGAACAAGGAGAUAAAUUACCUGAAGACGCUUGCGAGACUUUAUAUCUACAGAACCUGAAUGAAAAAGUCAGAAUACCAGUGAUCAAGGAAACAUUAUAUUCAUUAUUCAAACCUUAUAGACCAUUACAGCCUGUCAUAGCACAUCGAAAUGUGCGAAUGAGAGGACAAGCUUUCAUUUCUUUCCCAGAUGUUCAAAGUGCCAAUGAAGCAAAGAAGGAUGUAUCAGAAUUCCCUUUAUACGGAAAAGCUAUCCAAAUAUCGUUCGCAAGAGGAAGAUCAGAUAAUGUAGUGAAGAAAUUAGAAGGCGAUGAUGAAUUAGAGAAACAUAAAGUACAAAGAUUGGAAGAGAAAAAAAGGAAAAGACGUAAUAACCCAUUAAGACAAAAAGCACAAGCUAAACUCAAGGCGGAGGAAACGGGAGCUGCACCAUUAAAGAAACAAAGACUUCAAAUGCCAGACGAAUACCUACCGCCAAAUUCAGUAUUGUUUAUUCAAAACUUACCGGAAGGUACCACUGCAGAUGAUCUAAGGGAGGUAUUCGAAGUACACGCCGGCUUGGUGGAAAUUCGAACUAUUCCAGCUAAGAAAGAUAUCGCUUUCGUUGAAUACGCAGAUGAGAAUGCAGCUACAGUUGCAAAAGAAGCUUUACACAAUUUCAAGAUCGAUGGUGAGACAAAGAUGAAGGUCACAUACGCAAGGAAAUAA